CCCUUGGCUCCGUCCGCGGGGUACGCGCGCGGUGGCGGCGGCGGCGCGUGGCAGGUCCACCUAGCGCGAGGCGGUGGUGGCGGCCCGAGCUCUGCUGAGCCUCGUCCGCCCGGGGCCCGCCCGGCCCGACCCCGGCCCCGGCCCGCCCCGGUCCGGCCCGCCGCCCCCGAGGGAGCGGUGCUGCCGGCCGAGAGCGCAGGCCUGGCCAUGACCGACUUCAAAUUGGGCAUCGUGCGGCUCGGCCGGGUGGCCGGGAAGACCAAGUACACGCUGAUAGAUGAGCAGGACAUCCCGUUGGUGGAGAGCUACUCCUUCGAGGCUCGAAUGGAAGUAGAUGCAGAUGGAAAUGGUGCUAAGAUAUUUGCAUAUGCCUUCGACAAAAACCGAGGCCGGGGAUCAGGCAGGCUCCUCCAUGAGCUGCUGUGUGUUGCCUGCCUAAGCAGAAAUACCUGCGAGACAUGGAGGUGGCACUCUAGGGAGUUGUCUUUUUCUAGGGAGCGUCACAGGGGUGGCGUGGCUCCCGGCUUUCAGGUGGUACAUCUUAAUGCUGUGACUGUGGACAAUCGCCUGGACAACCUGCAGCUGGUGCCAUGGGGCUGGCGACCUAAAGCUGAGGAGACCUCCAGCAAACAGAGGGAGCAGAGCUUGUACUGGCUUGCGAUUCAGCAGCUUCCCACAGACCCCAUAGAAGAGCAGUUUCCAGUCUUGAACGUAACUCGGUACUACAAUGCCAACGGGGAUGUGGUAGAAGAGGAGGAGAAUUCCUGCACCUACUAUGAAUGCCACUACCCACCCUGCACAGCCAUCGAGAAGCAGGUGCCGCAGAGCCCAACACACCUACCCUGCCACCCACCUGCAGUCUGGGCUCCACCCCAGCAGACCCUGGGUGCCUCCAUUGUUCUUCCUCAGGGUGGCUGUCCCUUUGGUGUUGUGCCUGCCCAGCUCCGGGAGUUUAAUAUCUGCGGGCGCUGCCAGGUGGCCCGGUACUGUGGCUCCCAGUGCCAGCAGAAGGACUGGCCUGCCCACAAGAAGCACUGUCGGGAAAGGAAACGUCCCUUCCAGCACGAGCUUGAGCCAGAACGAUGACGGGCAAUGGAGCUGCCAUGCUGCACGUUCAUGGCUUUUGGACACGGCGGAGACUGCGGUUGAAUCUGGAGGUGCUGAGGAAGCCAGUGUCUGGUCCAGGACUGCCACCGUGAAACUCCCUAUGGCACAUGCAGUCUGUGGGGACAGUGCCCCUCCAGUGUUAAUCUCCAGCAGAGACAAGGGGAGGUUCCCCAGGACGUUUCUCAUUAUUUAUAUGUUAAUAUGUUUGUAAACUCAUGUACAGUUUUUUUUGGGGGGAGGGAAACAAGGGGAUGGUUAGAAACACAAAUAGAAUAAUUUGCUGUAAUCCUCAAAUGGCAAAUAGUCGGCCACAUGUCUAGAAACUGUCAUGUAGCCGAGUUUCUGCCUGCACAGGUUAUGUGUGAAAAGGCAGAGUAAAGGGUGAAACCAUC